AUGACCACGCAGGAGAAACGACCGCAGCGAGAUCAUGAUCCCGAUCAUGACACCGACACUGACACUGACAUCAAUCCGACAAUCGAAGUGGUUCUACCGGACAUGUUUAUCUUGUUUCUCUCACAGCCUCCUUGCGUUAAUGCGUACUAUGAGUAUGUGCGCAGGGAAUCGGAAGCGUGGCUGUCCAGGGUAUGCAACUUCGAUCUGCAGUCGCGUGAGAUCUUGUCCAAGACUGACUUCUCCUACUUUUGUGCCGUCGCGGUUCCUGACGCUGGGCCUGAGGAGUUGCGGACGGUGUGUGACUGGGGUAAUUGGGUAGGUAUGUUUGAUAAUGGCCACCUCAAGGCAGACCCUCUUCGAGCGCAGAAGGUGGUUAAUCGACUGCUGUCAGGAAUGGGCAUGAAGAAUGAUGCACGAGAGUUAGAUGGUGCCUGUACUGCAGAUGAAGAUGCUCUGGUCGAGGUCCACAAUUCCGUCUGGCUCCGCGUUGCAAAGCUCCCCAAUUGGUAUAAUGAGCGUCUAUCUCCUAGCCUUAUAGUAUCGCUGGUUCAUAGCGAGCUGAUUGCAUCUCGAUCAGGUGUCCAGCGCCGAUUCGCCAAAGCAAUGCGCGACUACUGCUACGGCAGCAUCGAACAGGUACACACGCGCUUCUGGGGCAAGGAUCCCUCAGUGGAAGAAAUGCUUGCCAUGCGCCGGCGGUCGGCAGGCGUGGCGCCGCUCUUUGCCUUGGCUGAGCAAAACGACAUUCUCUCCUAUUGCAAGGAAGAGACCCUCGGAAAGAAGGCGUCCGCCACAACCUCGUCGCCAUCUGCUGCCAUACCCACGGGAUGCGCACCCAACGCGCCUUUGACCACCUCGGCGCCAUGCUCGCCGCCCGGUAUAGAGACUGUUUCCGAUCAGAGCGAUAUUUUGGCCCAGCACAUGACAGGAUCCGACGAUCUCGCGUUGUCAGUGUCAUGCAGAGACCGUGGUAAUGAAGUACUGACUCAGACAUGCGUUGUGGGGACAAGUUGUGAUUUUGGUUGGAGAGCGAUAUCUAUACAUACGAGUGUGUGGGUGUUUGCAUGGACUCACGAGGCCACCUACUAG